AUCCCUUUAAAAUAAUGGACAAGUUGCAUCAGUCCGCUCAUCGGAGUGCUUAACUAUACGCACUACAGUCUGGGGGCCCUGAGGUGAUGUAUCUGUAGAGAAAAGUUUACAUAUUUUUUGCAGUUACUGUCAUUCGCGCCCUUUCAUUUUUUUAACUGUUAAAAACACCAAAAAUGUCGCGUCUGGACGUCUUCCUUUCCAGAAACGGGAUUCCCUGCGAAUCAAGGGGUUCACACCCUUCAGUGCUGCUCACCCCGCAGGUGUCUCUGUCUUGAUUGGGUGGAUAACUGAUCGUUUUAUAUGUUUGUACAUUUUAAUGACUCUAAUAUAUAUAUAUAGUUAGCUAGUUUGGUUACGAUAGGGUGAAGAGUUUGGAAAUGUUGCCUUGCAGCGCAGUAGGCCUUGAUUCAUCCAGUGGGCUGGGCCUGCGCAUAGCCCUGUUUUUGCAGCUGCUUAGUCAACACGUUUGACCAGUGAUGUAAUGUGAGCAGGUGCAGUCCGAGGACUGCUCACAGCACAUAAACAGGUGCCUUUACUUCUAAAAAUUGAAAGAGCAAUCACGCUGCUGGGGGCUUGCUUCCCCACAGCGUGACGCACAGCGUCUUGUGUUACUGCUUGUACAGUUGGGUGAUUAAUAAUAUUGGUGUCUCAGUAAUUGCUAGACUUGGUUUUAAAUUUUAUGUCUGUGCAGGCCUGAUGAUCAGUGAAUUGGACAGACAGCCAUUUCAAUGUUCUGCGUCCGAAAGUAAAUUGUUUGCACUUUGGUUUUGUUUUUACAUAGCUAAUGGAUCCCUUUGUUUGGCUGUUAUUUUAAAAAAACCUCUGUAUUAUUUCUAGUUUUUAAUAAUUGUGUGCUGUGGUUUUUUCAGCGUUUUGUAAACACUGAACGUUCCUAUUGAUUUUUUUUUUUUAAAUGUUCGUUCCUGUCCGAAAUAGGUCAACCCCGAAACCACAAGUUGUUUUCCGCCUGCUCCCAGACAGUCACGCACUGCGCAGCCGCAGCAACAGCUGCGCAGCUGCAGAGGUGAGCGCGCAGAAUGUUUUCCCAGAAUUCAAAGGCGCGAAGCAGCUCACACCGACAGCUGUGAAACUGACGUGUUUUUAAUUUCCAGUUUUGAUAUCGGAACCAGGCAGCACAGAGAGGAAGGAGGGGAAACCAAAGAAAACCACAGUGGUCUUGCGCAGGAAAAAUACUGCCUGUCUGCAGAAAAGGUUAAACAUGUUGAACUGAGCUCCAUAUUAAAUGGUGGGAUUUGUAUGAACACUGCAAUCUUCUAUUUUUAUAUCAGACACAGAAUUAUAAACUUUGGUGUAUGACAAAUGAUGCCAUUAUGUUGUAAGCGAAUUUAUAAUUUUAGUAUUACUGCACUGCUAUUGAAUUGCUAAAUGUUUUCUAUUUUUUGACAGCCUUCCAAGAUUUCCUUAAAAAUCCGAGUUUAAAUGCCCUAAUCUUUGCUGAAAUGUAAGUAAAAGAACAUUUGAAAUCUGAAGAUAGUCUUUUAUUUGCAGAGUGUGCAUGAAAUGUUUUAUUUGGGUCUCUUUGUAUAGGAGGCAUAUUGUAUAAUCAGUUUAGACACUUCAUCACGGGACCUCCUAAAACUGUCAGCUGAACUGUUUGAGUUGAAAUGUAAAAAAAUAUUUGAAAAGGAGAGAGACCUUGAUGAUGUUUUGUAUCGGUAUCUUCUGCACUGCUGGGUUGCUACUUCACCUCCUGACUCAGAGUCAGUGUAUGUUUCCGACAGGCCACAGUGCGAGCUGUACCAUCAGACGGGUUUCUGAUGCAAUUUGUUAUGUGUGUGUGUUUGCUUGGUUCAGCAGAUGUGAAAAAAAAGUUACACUGUAAUGAACCUUGUGACUUUAUUUUUUGCUUACAAGUCAGGGAGAAAGUAGAAUCAUUCUCUACUGCCAGAAGAAAAGGAACUGUUUUGUCUCUGUACGUCUGGAUAACGGUGAUCUAGAUAUCUUUACCCAGGAUGUGCAUUGAAGAAUACUCCCAUCGGACUAGGCUUUAAGAUGUUUUUCAGGUUAGAGCAAAAUCCAGUGGGAAUUCAAGCUACCCGAGCAAAACACAAAUAAUGAGGCUUUAAUCUUUUUACCUCCUUUCUUCCGACUCUUUCAAUGAGCACCUCAUUACAAAACCAAGAACAGGGAAGUCCGCUGCAUCCCACUAAUCAAGGACAGGAAGAGGCGUCGUGUGGACACCCCGAUCCUCUCUCGGAGAGGAGCUCUGUACGGGCUCGGGGGGCCGGGGCACAGAAAACACAGGGGUGUGUUUCAGAGGCUGCACUGCGGGAAGUCUGCUCCUGCACCGGUGCUCUCCCUCUUCAACCAAGGGGAUCGUGCCAGGGUUUCGGAUCCUUCUCCUUCCUAACUGGACUCGACCUGCAAUGCAUUUAUCUUUUUUUAUACCGUAAGAGUUGCCUGCAAAAACAUCUUCUCUCACUUUAGAUUAUGAAGAUUGAUGCGAGACAAAAAAAAAAUGGAAAUGCUGAAAAACCUCUCUUCCCCUCAGCUGAGCAGCAGCAGCUCCCCGACGCUCAGUUAACUUCCACUUUUGAUUUCGAAACCAAACCAAGGAGAAACAGAAGAGGGAAACUUGACAGUUUGUAGCUCAAGCGACAGGCCACAGUGCUGGUGUGAAUGGGCUGUGACCACAAAAGUUCUAAAAGCUUGUGUGUUGCUCUCUCCUAUCGCCAUGAAGGUGCAGUAUCUGGCACUACCAACAUCUGGAUGUAUUACGUCUCCCGGUACAGCACUGUUGAAAACUGAAACUCUCCUCUCCAGCUGUGGUGGUCAUUUGUAAAUAUUGUUUGCUGGUCAUGCAGUUGAAGUUGGAAGAUCAGGCCUCCUGUUCCUGUUUUCAAUUUCCCAGGCUCUUGCUGAUAAGAUAUAAUCAGCCGCCUUGCUCCCCAGUCGUUCAGUGUGUUCCAACUCCCUGCCUACAUUCACAAAAGCGCACGGAUCCGUUAACGCUCGUCCUGUGGCUCAGACUGGCCUUGUGUGUCCAGCGGUCAUCUGAUCUCCAGCUCGUGGGUCUGGGGCUGGAGUCCAGGGAGAGCCCAGUCCCUGUCGGGUCCUGUUUCCAUGGCGGCCGUGAGCAGUUGGCCCUGUCCGAGGUCCGGUCUGUGGACGGGAGCCUUGUGCGUCAUCGGGUCUGGGUUUUUUCUCUAGGUGCCGCCUUUAAACUCUGUGGGAGGAACUCAUAUGGAUCAAAAUAAUCUACAAUCAAUUACACAGGCGCCGCAGUGAAGAUUGUAGUGAUUUUUCUUAUUUAUUGGUCAGUUUUCUGUGGUGGGGAGUUUGCCCCCUUGUGCCUGCUGUGGAAAGGGAGCGGGAUGUGUUAACACACACACACACGCACACGCGCGCAAAAACACACCAACCGUCCUCGAGUGAGGCUUUUCAACAGGCAAGACUGAGUCUCUGGCAUCCUGCCAGGCCAAAAGCCCUUCAGAAGCCUGUCUUGUGAUGGCUGAGAGCGCUCUCAGAUGUGAUGUCUCUCCGAGCCACAGAGCCACAGAGCCACGCUUCCAUGUUCACCACAACAGCCUCCUCUGUGCUGCGCCAAGACUCCGACCUCUUCGCACUGAAACCUAAGCCCAGUCCUUCUGUCUCCUCGGAAACACAACCUCCAGGGCAGAGCCCCCGGCCUGGGGCACUACAGUUCAGCUGUGGUUGCUGUUGACGCGACUCGUUUACUUGUGUGCUCAUCCCUUUAUGUGUUCGUCGCCGUGUAUUCAUGUUGUACCUGCAGCCUGCCUCCUGCUCGCUGUCGCUCUGAGGCUCUGUGCAUUAGCCUGAGUGCCAUGAGCCCAGCCUGCCACAAGUCCAGUGGGUCUGAACUCCUCCAUCUCACGUGAGAGUCACACCUCUUGUUUGCCAAGAAGAAUGAAGGUCGUGCAGCUUUUUUUAAGGGGCCUCAUUCCCUCCCAGGACCACAGGAAGAGCCUUUGAACUGCCAUAAACUCAUCAGAGCUCUCUUGUGUGGUGUGAGCGGAAAAAUGUAAACAGCUAUUUCUGUCACUGAGAACAAAGACUGGUUUAAUUGAGCACAAACACAGUAAGACACUGAGGUCCUCAGGGACACCGUUUGAAGAUCCCAGCUCAGACUGUGAGCAAAUAAUUUAAAAGCCAAGUGGGUAGAGGAAGAAAGGGGUGUGAAACAGCUCCUUUUAGGGAUUGUCUUUUUUUUACAUGUUUUUUUUAAUGUGAUUUGGAAUUCAGUAUCUGUAUCAAGGAUCUGGAACGUCACAAUUAAGUUUCCUUCGUGGUCGCUCUUGAUCCAGUCCGUAGAGCUUCAGUCUGCUGGACCUGUCUUUCCUGCUCUCCGCUGAGUGAGAGGGUAGGGUCCCGGCGGGGCCCAGGGGAGGCCAGGAUGGGUAAUGGUCCCGUAUCUGUGGCGCGGUGAGCCUCUCGUGUGCAAGUAUUUAACAUGCGCUUGUUCUCCAACACACAAGGCCAGCCGUUCUGAAUCGGCCUGAAGGAGGAGGGACGGGUGUGUGGGUUCACAUUGGAGCACCCUGCCCAGUAACUCUGCCUUUUUAGUCUAGACUCACAGAUGCAACUGUGGGCACCCUGGCAUCUUUUCGUGUUAAAAAACAAAGUUAGAAGACGGUAUUUUUGUGAUGUACAGGGGUUUUCUAUCUUGAUGGAUGUAAAUGAUAUAUAGAUUUAAGCCAACAAAAGCAGGGCGUUUCAGCAAGAAAGACCAAUCAAUGAAGGUCUUCAUUAAAAAUGUGUUUAUUCAGGGGAUAUGUGAUUUAUUAUGUGCUGUACUCACCGUACAGCGGCUCCCCAGAGGAGCUGCAGAGUCUGAGUGAUCGAAGCGCUGCUGUGGGCGAGCUCGUCUGCAGCCAAGAUGUCAAGCUAUUGAUUCACAAGCUUGCAGGGAGGCAGGCUUCGUUUGGUUAAUGGCGAAAUGAUCAUAUUGUUCGUGCUGGUGCAUCGACUCCUUAUUCUUCUUGUGAUCCAUUUCAAAUUGGUGUUUCGUCCCCGCUGUAGUGCAGUAAACAGGCUGCGUGGUUCUUGUCACGGCCGUGCGCGGGGAGUUGAGAUCCGCCUCAGGGCCGCACGGUUCACGUGCACAGGGUGCGUCUCACUCGGAAGAUGUCAAGCGACUUUCUGAGCAGACGGUACUGGUCACCCUGAGACGGGGAUGAAAAUGAAAAUGUUCCCUCGGUGCUGGAGUCGCACGGGUGAGGUGGGAGGGGAGUGUCGCUGGGCUCUGUCUUCAGCGCGGCCGAGGUACCGAGCGAGACGGACUCCUUCAGGGCCGUUAAUUACUUUCAUUUUGUAACUUCAUGCCCAGUCUUGACUGUUUCUUAGUCUUAAAUAUGAGCUCUGUCCUUGAAUUUCUGACACAUUGAGUGACAAUGGAUUAUAGGUCCUGUUAAACAGGAUGUGUUAUGCUACCCUGAAACUUUUUUUUUAAUCCGUCACAUUCCGAACUUAAUUGUGCAAGAAUUCCUUUCUUUUCUAAAAAAAAUUGGAAUUGCUGAUUAUUUACUUAUAGUGUCCGAGAUUGGAAUCCCCGCGUGUUAAUGAGCAGAACGCACUGGUGCAGCACCUGCACAGCACAAGUAACGAUCUGCUAAUGAGUGCUUUUAAAACUGGGAACAGGGGGCACUUUGUUUACAUAACAGUAAAGUCUAUGCAUUACUUCUGUCUGACACUUGUAGUGUGCGAUAGUGUCCACCGGGGGGCACCAGAGACUUUCUAACCGGUUGACUGUCUCAGGAGUUGUGGGGUUUUGUGAUAGUUUUGUUUAUCCAGGAAUGCCUUGGGAAAGCUGAAGCUGUGGAGUCAUCAUGGUAAGAGCCUGUUUCAUGUUUGUGUCAUGGAAUUGUACUUUUAUUAUGAUUACACAUCUUUAUUGUAGUACACUGAUUAACAGAUUAUAGCGAAAAAAAUAUAUUGUUUAUUCAUAAGGAGUCCAUCUGCUUAACAGCAGAUAUUUUCCCUUUCCGGCAGUGUGUUCCGUUGGUCUCGCUGGGCCGUGUUUGUGGGAGCGUUUCUGUGAUGUGAUUUGAAAUGUCCUGGAUCAGCGCUGAUGUCAAAGCGCCGUGUUGAAUUGUGCUUCAUCUCUCAACCUGCAGCUGCAGAAUUACUCUGCAAUGAGGUUCAUGAGAAAAACAAAGAGCAGAGUUCUCCAGUGGUUGACACCACCAGUACAAAUACAUUAAUCAUAAUAUAGUAUACAUAUAACUCUGGGAGAAAUAUUUAUCAACUAUAAAAUUCCAGAUCUCUGAUGUUUCUUUACUUCAUGUUUAAUGUCCUCUUGCUAUUCAUUAGGUCCUGACCACGGAGAGCGCCACCUACAGGUCCAUCAACACUAUUUACAGCAGCCACCGAGCUUUCCUGAGCACUGGCUAGUCAAUAAUUGUCUGAGCUGUGUGUCACUGUUCAGGCACAUUUGUGGGCAGCGCCGACAGUAAUUAUUACUGCCGAUCAUGGCAAACUCUGAUACAGUGUCCAAAGUGCACCCGAAGCACAAAUUGAUUUUUUUCCUGAGAGCUACGGCGAGACAAUGGCAGGUGCAAACAUCUUGGAAAACCCCGAUCUCAGGAAAGGGAAGCUGACUCCGGUCCUGGCCUUGGCUACCCUCAUCUCGGCGUUUGGGUCCUCUUUCCAGUAUGGCUACAACAUCGCGGUGGUGAACUCGCCGGCCCCGUUCAUGCAGCAGUUCUACAACAGGACGUACUCCGAGCGGUUUGGGGCCCCCAUCGACGACAGCUUCCUGACCCUGCUGUGGUCGCUGACCGUGUCCAUGUUCCCCCUGGGCGGGUUUCUCGGCUCCCUCAUGGUGGCGCCGCUGGUAAACAAGCUGGGAAGGAGAGGGACUCUCCUGUUUAACAACAUCUUCUCCGUCGUCCCGGCUGUUCUCAUGGGGGCCAGCGAGGCGGCCGAGUCCUACGAGAUCAUCAUAGCCGCGCGGGUGUUUGUGGGAAUAUGCGCAGGUCUGUCCUCCAAUGUGGUGCCAAUGUAUCUGGGGGAGCUCUCCCCGAGGAACCUGCGAGGGGCCAUCGGCAUCGUGCCGCAGCUCUUCAUCACCAUCGGGAUCCUCACAGCACAGAUACUGGGCAUCAGAAGCAUCCUGGGUAACACCAGAGGCUGGCCGCUCAUGCUGGCCCUGACCGGGGUCCCGGCCCUGCUCGAGCUCCUGUGCCUGCCCUUCUUCCCCGAGAGCCCCCGCUACAGCCUCAUCCAGAGGGAGGACGAGGAAGAAGCCAGGAGAGCGCUGAGGAGGCUGCGCGGCUGGGAGGACGUGGACGGCGAGCUGGCGGAGAUGCGCCUGGAGGACCGGUCGGAGAGGUCGGAGGGCCGCCUGUCCACCCGGCGGCUGUGCUGCGUCCCCUCGCUGCGCUGGCAGCUCCUCUCCGUCGUCGCCGUGAACGUGGGCCAGCAGCUGUCCGGCAUCAACGCGAUUUACUACUACGCCGACAGCAUUUACAGCUCGGCAGGCGUGAAGGGCAGCCAGAUACAGUACGUCACAGCUGGAACGGGGGCGGUGAACGUCUUCAUGACUGUGGCAGCGGUGUUCGUCGUGGAGGCCGCGGGCCGGAGGCUGCUGCUCCUCGUGGGUUUUGGGAUCUGCUGUGGGGCCUGUGCCGUGCUGACGGCGGCGCUCAUCCUCCAGGAAACAGUCCAGUGGAUGCCUUAUCUCAGCAUUGCCUGUGUAGUUAUCUAUGUGAUCGGGCAUGCCAUUGGACCCAGUCCCAUUCCCUACGUGGUGACGACGGAGAUAUUCCGGCAGUCCUCUCGCCCGGCAGCAUUCAUGGUGGCCGGCUCGGUGCACUGGCUCUCCAACUUCACCGUCGGGCUGCUGUUCCCCUUCCUGGAGAAAGGGCUCGGCGCGUACAGCUUCAUCAUCUUCUCCCUCAUCUGCUUGGCGACGCUGGUCUAUAUUUUCAUCGUGGUGCCGGAGACCAAAAACAAAACCUUCCAGGAAGUCAGCCAGCUGUUCGCCGAGAGGAACAAGACCGACAUGGAGAUGGAGACCGCAGGGCCCGAGGCCAGCAGCCCGAGACCGGUCUGCGGCGCGCAAGAAUCGAACCCAGACGAGCUCAAAACGAGCAGACUGUGAACCUGAACCCCUGUCGUCUCUUUGGGGUGUCCUCUGUCUGGAUGAUGACCUCUGCAUUGGUUGCAGGUGAACAAUAUUAAAGUGACGGCAAAGGAAGAAACGAGAACUUAUUUUUCCGUCAGAAUCACGCUCUUAAUUGCACGGCUGUUUCAGUGUCUCAUGUUUUCAUAAACGGGUGCAACAUUAUUCAAGAUCACUCAUUUUCUGUUCCCAAGACAUCUUAGACGGCACUAUCAAAACUUCCGGCUUGAACACGCAAACGAGACCUGUUCACUACAUUGGAAAAGUGAGGAGCUCUUCUCUUUCCUGCUUAAGCACCAAGUGAAAACACUUUAAUAGCUUUUUAACUGCCUGUAGUGUCUAAGGCUUAUCACAUGAAGCACUCCCACAAAUGAGAUCACGCUAAAAAUAACUGUGAAUAUACUAUUUCCUCAUUGGAUGCUUGUUUCUUUUUCAUUUGAACUGUCUCAAAGAGAUGCUUGUCAGAGAGAGAGGGCAACCCUGAAAGAUGGCCUGUUGUCCCAUCUCAACGCACACCAUGGAGCAUCGGUCACUGCGCAAA